AUGUUCUGCUGACAUUGAAAAUGCUGUAUUUGAAUUCCUAGUAUGGCAUUUUUCAUCUGAAUUAUGAAUACAAAAUCAUAAACCGUCAACGUCCGAUGCUGUUUCGUAAUUCACAGCCCGUGCGUCAGUGAAAUCAUGCUGGACAGAACAGUACAUAAACAGCGGAGAAAUUUCCACUCAUCAUUCCAUCACUGGCCUACCUGAGGAAGAGUACUUGAGGAGAACAACAGUGAUUUACCUACAACAGACAAGCAGCACCACCAUCAUCAUCACCACCAUGAAGGUUCUGAUCAUCUUUGCACUACUUUGUGUCGCCCUCUCUGCUAGGGCAGCAGCAGUUCCUGUGGAGAGCGAUCCUGUGGAGAGCGAUGCUGUGGCGGUAGAAGAGCCAAAAAGUGCCCCAGAGGAGGCUGUUGAGGUUGAGGCUCCUGCAGCAGAAGAGAAGCUGAGUGACGGCCCAGAGGAGGAAGUACAGACUGGGGCUGUUGAAGAGGUGGCUGCGGCACCUAAAGCGGCACGCAGGUUCUGCCCUGACGGAUGGUUCAGCUACCAGUCCAAGUGUUACAUGUUUGUGAACAAUCCUCGGUCCUGGUUCGACGCUGAGGAACACUGCAAUGAACUGGGCGCCAGCCUGGCCUCCGCCGGCUCCUCCCCCGAGUAUCGUUACCUGCAACAGAUAACCAGAACAGCCAACAGAGCCACCGCCUGGAUCGGUGGAUUCUACCUCCAGGGAUAUUGGAUGUGGAUCGACCGCUCAGGAAUGUAUUACACCAACUGGUACAGCCAGAGCACUGCAACCAGCAACUCCUGCAUGUAUCUGCAAUCUGCUGUGGGCCAGGGCUGGAGGAACCUCGGAUGUGGCACACAAUACCCAUUCAUCUGCGUGCACAACUAUCGCUGUUAGUCAACAUUGCGAAGAUAUUGCUAAUUGCUUGACACCUUUUCUAACUGCUUUCAACAUGUGCUUUGUUUACUACUGACUGUAAGUGACUUUAUGUGUUCGCCAAAGGGUUAAAUGUGAUGCAAUUUCAAAUGUAAUUGCCCAUUUAUGUACCUCAACCUGUAUUGUUUUCCUGUAAUAUUUUUUUUUUAAGUACUUUAUGACAUUGCAUAGGCUAGUACUUUCUGGAAGAUGGCAGUAUUGUCUACGAUAAUCUCUGGCUCUUAAAAGGGGCAAUAUAACAACAUGGGUAUGGUGCUUUUUGUUGACAGCAUAAAAUCUGAUGAGAAAAGGUUUGAGAUGACUGAAAGUCUGGAAAAUCUUCAAGGUAUUUAUUUAGUCUUUAUUGAGCCUGUCUUUGGCUUGGCUAAGGCUGUUAAAUCUAGUAAAGGGUGUGGUUCGAGGUGUGUUUGAAUGGGACAUUUGGCACAGAAUGUUUUAACGGCCCUAUUUGGAUAAGAGGGUUUCCAAUAAGCAAUGGUAAAAAAUGUUGCUUACAAAUCAAAUUGUAUUUGUCACGUGCGCCGAAUACAACAGGUGUAGACCUUACAGUAGACCUUACAGUGAAAUGCUUCCUUAUAAGCCCUUAACCAACAGUGCAGUUCAAGAAGAGUUAAGAAAAUAUGUACCAAAUAAACAAAAGUAAAAAAAAUAUAAAAAAUAACACAAUAACAUAACAAUAACGAGGCUAUAUACAGUUACAGUCAGGAAAAAUAAUUGUUAAAGUAUUUACUAAAAUAAACUGAAGUAAUAUUAAAAUAUAUAUAUAUUAAAGGGCAACAAUAAAAUAACAGUAGCGAGGCUAUAUACAGGGUGUACCGGUACAGAGUCAAUGUGUGGGGGCACAGGUUAGUCAAGGUAAUUAAGGUAACACGCGUUUAAGGUAAUAUGUACAUGUAGGUAAAGUGACUAUGCGUAGAUAAUAACAGAGAGUAGCAGCAGCGUAAAAAGGGGUGGGAGUAGCGGGGGAUCAAUACAAAUAGUCAAGGUAGCCUUUUAAUUAGCUGUUCAGCAGUCUUAUGGCUUGUGGGUAGAAGCUGUUAAGAAGCCUGUUGGACCUAGACUUGGUGCUUCGGUACUGCUUGCCAUGCGGUAGCAGAGAGAACAGUCUAUGACUAGGGUGUCUGGAGUCUUUGGCAAUUUUUAGGGCCUUCCUCUGACACCACCUGGUAUAGAGGUCCUGGAUGGCAGGAAGCUUAACCCCAGUGAUGUACUGGGCUGUAGUGCCUUGCGGUCGGAGGCCGAGCAGUUGCCAUACCAGGCAGUGAUGCAACCAGUCAGGAUGCUCUCGAUGGUGCAGCGGAUCACGUUGUCUUGGUCAUUCUAUAUCUGUGGUAAAAACAAUAAACAUAUUUGAUGUACUGGAAA